AUGUUCGAUUUUUACCCCCUACGAUUAUUUUUCAACUCCUUUCGAUAUGAAAAUUUACCGAAAAAAUUGAUCGAAAAUAUAAUAAAAACAGGGACGUUUUGCAGAACGAUGUUACCUGUGUUCAUCCCCAUUUCAAUAUACCAGUAUAUAAGACAAGUACGAACGGAAAAGAAAAACGUUGAAGCGCUUUUACAGCUAGAAAUGUUAAUAUCUUCGAAUAUUAUGAAUGAGAGAACAGGAGUUGGAGCAGAAGCGAGUGUGUGCAUAGACAAAGAUAGGUAUGCUGAAGAGUUAUUCUACGAAUAUGCAAAGAAUGAAAAUUUAAAAAGUUUUUAUGAUUCAUCUAUGAAAAAUAGAUAUACAAAAAAUUGGAAAAUUCAGUACGAUUUAUAUUUGAUUGAUAAAUCCGUUAACUCAUAA